AUGGCGCCACUACAAGUAGCCGACACUAGGCACAGUCAUUGCGUUGAUGUUUUUGGAUUUUUGCUGCUGCUUGUGGCUGGAGCUGGUCAUGGCGAUAGAUCGGUGGCUGAACUGGGUGCGGCCGCUCCCCCGGCAGCGUUUGGCGGGGCUGACUUGUCCAGUGGGUCGAAGUUUGUGUUGAAGCCUGGCGAUUCCAUUCGGUUUGGGCGCGGUCGUGGAAAUGAGGUGGUGCUGGAUUAUGAAGGCGUCUCAAAGCACCAUGCUGAAAUUUCCUUGCGAGAAAAAAUGCCGGAGGGAAGCCGAACGAAGUCUUCCAUGAUGCUGUCACUCCGUGACUUGUCUUCUAAGAAUGGUAUGGGCAUCCGAAUGGAACCCUUUAAUCAGGACAGCGUUCCCAGCAUCAGUUCUUUUGAGCGAAUUGAGUCCGGCACUUCCCAGGUGGUGCAAGAUGGCUGCUGCAUCGUGAUUCCUGCAAAGAGUCGCAAUGCCACGAAACAGAUGAGCAUUGAGCAGCGCAUGGUCACCAUCCAUGUCAGUGCUGUCGUGGUGGAUGUUCCAGUUCCAGUGCCAAUGUCUGCAGCCCCCGCAGUCCGCGCUGUUGCUGCCGCAUCAGCUGUGGCUGCCGAAUCGCCGCCACGGCAGAUGGCAGCUCCAGUUGUGCCCUUCGAUGAUCCGGCCCAGGCUCCGAAACCCAAGAAGAAAAAGAGAGCAAAGACAGGUAUUGAAACUGAGGAUGGCGCCUCCCUAGCCCGUCCAGUGCGCGUGGAAGGGCUGGCCACAUUGACUGGGGAGGCCUGGCCGCCGGUGUUCCCCAGAGAGGAGCUGGUGGGUCAUGAUGUACCUGAACCCAAGGCUUCGGCACCGCCUCGCACGUCAGCCCCCGCAGAUAAGGUGGAGGUGUUGAGCGAUGAAGAACCAGCACCAGCUUUGACACAGGCGAACGUAGCCAAAGCAUCUGCCGCCGCUGCGAUGGCGGCUGGUCUGGCGGAGGAGCCUGCAGAGGAUGAUUUGGAACUUCGAAGCAUUUCGCCCAUUUCCACGCCGGGCGUUUUUCCUUGGCAAACGGAGAAGGAAAAGAAGACUAGCAAGAAGAAGAGGGCCGAGUCGCCACAAGCUGUUAAGGCGAAGAAGCAGAAAGCAGAUGGCAAGUCCAAGGCCACUGCUGAUCCAAUGGCUGGUCGCCUUCGCCAGAUGCUCCGCGCACCAAAGAGAAGAAAAAAAACAGUGGAGAGCAAAAAAAACGCAAAGACAAAGAGGGGAAAAAAUGCAGAGCACCUCGUGUGUCGCUUCCAGGCUGAGGCCGUUCGGGAGCGCAACGUGCAGGUCAAUGGAGCCUCAAACUACAAGAGGGCGGCUCCCAUCUUUCACAGCGAGGACCAUCGCAUUCACUUGCUGAUUCUGGCGUUGGACUACAGCAACAGCAAGCAGCGUUUGCCCAGCGUCAUCGAUGCCAAACACAUCGAGGAUCUGGUCGGAUGGCUCAGCUUACAACGGAGGGGCGCAACCAUGUGA